AUGCACUUCGCCAAAGUUCUUGUAUUCAGCUUCAUCGGCGCAGCUCUCGCGAUACCCUCCCCUUUUGAGGCUCCCAAACCCCGGAUCAUCACACGUGAUGUUUUGAAGCUUGAGAAGCGCGACUUCGAUCCAACUGUCAUUUCCGAAAGGCCACACCCCAACAAUCCAUUGAUGUAUGAGAGUGAUAAUGGCCCGGUUUGCUGCGAGUCAGACUGGUGUGGAGCGCUCUGCCGUUAG